UACAAUCCGUAAAAACUCCCAAUUGGAAGAAGAAUUUUUAAUUUUAUGGACACAGCAAAAUGUAUGCAUCUUACUCGCAGAAGGAAGUUGGUCUAAUCAAUGAUCAUGCUCUCUCAAGAACAGCAAGAAACUCUCACUACCUGGUAACGAGGCUGAAGAGGUCCAGUACAUUGAAGGGACACACUGGAUGUGUCAACUCUGUAUCAUGGAACGAGUCUGGGACUCAACUGGUGUCUGGGUCUGAUGACUGCCAUCUGAACUUCUAUGACUCUGCAUCACGGACAAUAUGGCACCGCAUUCACACGAGUCACCUAUCCAACAUUUUCAGUGCAAAAUUUCUCCCGUGGUCAUCUGACCUCCAAGUGGUGUCAUGUGCUGGUGUGGGUACCGUGGAGCACACCCAGCUCUCACCUGAUGGAGAGUACGUGGGACACCAGUUCCAUUGUCAUACAUCUCUUACUUAUCAGGUAGGAACUAUUCCAGCCUCUCCUAAUGAGUUUCUGACAUGCGAGGAGAAGGGUUAUGUGCGGAUGUUUGAUCUCAGAGUAAAGUCUUCGUGUCACUGUCAUGGAUGUAUGCAGGAUGUGCUCUAUGACUUCCCGUCAGCUGUAACUUGCAUGGCUGUCCAUCCACUCUCAUCGCAUUAUGUUGCCAUAGCGGUUGGUGAUGGUACACUUAAACUCUUAGACCGAAGAAAAAUUGGGGUAGCACUGACUGAGACUUCUCCUUAUAACAUGACCCAAGACUCCACCCACUACAAGUAUCGUCCAGAAUGUAUUGGAAUUGAGCCUCGUAAAAUUACCUCUGUUCAAUUUAAUCAUGUUGGCUCUGAGCUCCUCGUCAGUUACAGCGAGGAUUAUGUUUAUUUGUUUAACAGUGGCCUGUUUGGAACUGGAUCCACACACAGUUCUGCCAUUCCCAAACCAGUGUACUUGUCCGAUAGUUACAUGUACUCUCCUCUAGUUUGCCGAAAAAGAAGUCACCAGGCUCAAACGAAAUUAUUGUCUUCGAUGCCAAGUAUUGAACCGUCAGGAGGUGCUGAUUUACCAGUAGUUCAGAACUCAUCAUCAAAUGAUGAACCACCCCCUGUGAAGAAGUUUCGUCUGCGAGGUGAUUGGUCAGACACUGGUCCUAAUGCAAGACCAGAUGGUUCGCCGGAACUAAGAGAAAGUAGUCGCCCAUCACACAGCCUCAUGAGCAGAAUGUCUCAGAUGUUUGCCCGCUGGAUCGAUAUAUCGCUAAGUCCUGAGGAGGGCGAAGCGAGUGAAGGUAGCGAGAAUGUGCCAAGAGUUAAUACUUCACUAACAUCUUCAAAUUCAUCAAACGAUUCUUCAUUCCAACUAUUUGCAACAGAUGAGGAGGAGAUAAGUAGAACACACCCUGCAGAAAAUCAAGAAAGUGAACUCAAUCAAAGUUCUGUUGAUCAUGCCCAACACGUUGAGGAGGCAGCUAUUGUUCCGACAGACUCUAGUUUUAGCGAUGGUGUUAAAAAAUGUAAUUUGUCCCCAGUGGACAGAAAUGAAGUGGCUGCCACUAGUUGUGUAUCUUCCACAUGUUUAGUUGAAGAACCAGAAACUGCAAUCCCAACCAUAAACAUAAUAGAAGGAGAGACCGACAGUGACGAUGAAGAUGAUGCACAGUCACAAAAUUGGAAGUCACAGCUUCGCGCCCAGGAAGUUCCGGAAUCAGGUACAGUCAAGAGUGGUAAGCAAGAGUUCACUGACUGCUUACAACCGUUCAUGAUAUACAAGGGCCACAGAAAUUCUCGAACAAUGAUAAAACAGGCUAGCUUUUGGGGAGAUAACUGGAUCAUGAGUGGCAGUGAUUGUGGCCGUGUGUUUGUGUGGGACAAGUGGAGUGGACAGAUCGUCAACAUGCUUGAAGCUGACUCACAUGUUGUCAACUGUAUACAACCACACCCUCAUGCUUAUCUUUUGGCCACUAGUGGUAUUGACUAUGACGUCAAGCUAUGGGAGCCAACAGCAGAUGUGCCGUGUUGCCUUGACAAUAAAGAGGAUGUGGUGAAGCGUAAUGAGACAAUGCUGAGAGAGAACAGGAACACAAUCACUGUUCCAUCCAUGUUUGUGUUCCGAAUACUCUCUUACCUCAAUAGAAGACGGAGAAGUAAGCUACCGUAUAGCGAUGCACAGAGACUUGGAAGAGGAAGACGAAGACUCCCCCAAUGAUUGAAACUCAAUACAUUGUAACUGUGCAAAAGCUUAUUUGUCAUUGCAAUUUAUUAUGAAUUAAUGCUUUCAUCAUCAACAUUUUGUAUGAA